GUUAUAUGAUCGCAACCCUCAUCCGAUCUGGGUUUGUUCCAUAAUCUCUUGUUUUCUCCUCUGUUUGAAUAUCAAAUAUGGUUUUGACAACAGUAGCAGACUCCGGCGAAUCUGUGAACUGCACUUUUGGUUCCAGAUAUGUCCGGUCUCCACCGCCGAAGUUCAAUCUGGGGGAGAAAUCGAUACCCAAAGAUGCAGCGUACCAGAUCAUACAUGAUGAGUUGAUGCUUGACGGGAUACCCAGGUUGAACUUGGCCUCCUUUGUUACCACAUGGAUGGAGCCUGAAUGUGAUAACCUGAUCAUGGCUUCUCUCAACAAGAACUAUGUGGACAUGGAUGAGUACCCUGUCACCACUGAGCUCCAGAAUCGAUGUGUGAAUAUGAUAGCUCGCCUGUUUCAUGCCCCCAUUGUAGAAGAUGAGGCUGCUGUUGGUGUAGGGACUGUGGGAUCAUCAGAGGCUAUUAUGCUGGCGGGUCUUGCUUUCAAGAGGAAAUGGCAGAACAAAAGAAGAUCUCAAGGCAAGCCCUGUCAUAACCCCAACAUAGUCACUGGAGCCAAUGUGCAGGUGUGUUGGGAGAAGUUUGCUAGGUACUUUGAGGUUGAGCUGAAGGAGGUGAAGCUUUCUGAAGGGUUUUAUGUUAUGGAUCCUAUGAAGGCUGUUGAACUUGUGGAUGAGAACACCAUUUGUGUUGCAGCCAUUUUGGGAUCCACUUUGACAGGAGAGUUUGAGGAUGUAAAACUCCUUAAUGAACUGCUCUCUAAGAAGAAUAAGGAAACAGGUUGGGAUACCCCAAUUCAUGUCGAUGCAGCCAGUGGUGGGUUUAUAGCUCCGUUCCUUUAUCCCGAUCUCGAGUGGGAUUUUCGGUUGCCUUUAGUGAAGAGUAUCAAUGUUAGUGGCCAUAAGUAUGGGCUUGUUUAUCCUGGUGUUGGAUGGGUUGUUUGGAGGAGUAAAGAGGAUCUUCCUGAUGAGCUUGUGUUCCAUAUUAACUAUCUUGGUUCUGAUCAACCCACCUUCACUCUUAACUUCUCUAAAGGUUCUAGCCAAAUCAUUGCUCAGUAUUAUCAGUUCAUACGGCUCGGUUUCGAGGGAUACAAAAACGUGAUGGAGAACUGCAAGGAGAAUGCAAGAGUGUUGAAAGAAGGAAUAGAGAAGAUGGGAAGGUUUGAGGUUGUUUCCAAGAAUGUUGGAGUACCCCUAGUAGCCUUCACUCUCAAAGACAGCACCAAGCACACCGUGUUCGAGAUAUCCGAGAACCUAAGGAGGUUUGGAUGGAUCGUGCCAGCUUACACGAUGCCACCAGAUGCUCAGCACAUCGCCGUGCUACGUGUCGUGAUCAGGGAGGACUUCAGCCGGAGUUUGGCAGAGAGACUGAUCUCGGACAUCAAUAAAGUCCUGAAGGAAGUCGAUGCGCUGCCGGUUCGGGUGGCUGUGAAAGCAGCUGAAGAAGAAGAUGGUGAGAGAAUUAUAAAGCAUGUGAAGAAGAGUGAUAAGGAAAUUGAAGGAGAAAUAGCUGCAUAUUGGAAGAGGCUUGUGGAUGGCAAGAGAACUGGUGCCUGCUAGUGUGCUUGCUUGCUUAAGUCAGCUCUGUGUGUUGGCUUGCCUGUUUGAUUGUCUUCAGUUUUCUUGUUUCUGGUGAAUAUUGUGUUUGUGACUUUGAGUGCUGAUGAUAUGAUGAAAGAGAUGAACUAUAAUGUUUCUAUUUAAAACUUUGCCUCUGUUUC